AGGGGUGUGGAACAUUUUCAAGACGCUAAAGAGGAGGUAGAAAUUUUACCUGCCGCAAUGGAUCCGAACGCACUAAACGCUGCAUUGGCCGCACUGGCAGCCAACCAACAACUACAACAACAACAGAUGCAGCAACAUCAGAAUUUACUGACGGCCCUGACUAAUCGGCUCCUAGCUGUUCCCGCUCCUGGCCCACCCGUCGUUCCGCCGGUGCCAACCGUAGUGGUUCGAGCAGUUUUAGAUGUAGAUGUAAAAUACUCUGGAUCUACGGGUGAAAGUAUUCAAGAUUGGCUGCAAAUGGUAAAUAGAAAGGCUCUCGCAGAAAACUGGGUUGACGGAGACAAAAGGAGAGCCGCCAUUAGUUCACUGUUCGGCAAAGCGCUCACGUGGCAGGAAGAAAUAGGAGUGAAUUUGAUUCAAUGGAACGACUGGAUUAACGGGAUACGUGGAGCCUUCGAAUUACAACUGACCGAGAGUCAAUGGCAAGCCAUGGUGGAAGGACGAAAGCAGCUGCCUGACGAGUCGGGAUCCACCUAUGUGCUGGACAAAGUUAAGUUAUGUCGUCGUCGGGCUGUUCCUCUCACGGAUGCGGAACUGAUCCCUUUCCUUAUUCGAGGACUUCUUCACCCCGGGAUACAGUCGGUUAUGAUGGGAAACCCCCCCAUUUCGGUCAACGCUUUUCUUAUCGAGAUUCGCCGUCUAGAGAGCAUUAGUGAUUCGCCGGUCGGCUCAAGUGCUUCAAAAGAGACCGAGAAAAUCUACGAAAAGACGCCCGAAAAGACCCGAUCUACUGACUCGUUAUUCCAGGCCAUGGAGGCAUUGACGAGUCAAGUGGCUGUUCUGACGCGUACAGUAAACCGUCCAUCUUCUCCAGACUUUUUAGGUUAAUUUCAACUGUCGUGCCGUUUACUUCUGGUCGUCCGUCUUAAUCUAAUGGUCGAUAACAUGCUUCAUUUCAAAAUUUUGUUUAUUCAUUUUGUUGUCGUCUUAUCUGUCCGUCUGACUUUUUCGAAUUGUAUGUGUCGGGCCGUCCUUAAUUAAGAUCCUAGAUCUUUCUGUCAGGAAGGGCCGAAUGUUGUAAAUGUGGCGCUGUUGUACUUUUCGUCGCGGUCUGACAACGUCGCCCCGACCUCCUGCGUGAGGGACGGGCAGUUCGGUCCA